AUAUUGUUUAGUUCUUAUCCGUGGCCCGUUCCGUGUUGUUCGCCGUGCGGGUGUGUCUCCGAGUCUCUGCUCGGCCUUUUCCAGUGCAAGCAUCGCUCUCAGUCCGACCGAUAAUAUCAACAGAAAUAAACAGGGAAUUUUUUUGUCACUUCCACUUGCAAUUUAUGGCUCUAAUUAACGAGAGCAACAGCAGCAAGAGGGAACAAAGGAAGAGCCAAGACAUUAGUGCGUGACACUCGGAUCUUGUGGAGUGCUGCGCAUCGUACAGGUCGCGUGUGACCGGGCCCCACCCCAUCCCCCUUAGAGUGCCUGAGAAUCCUGGCCCGUGCCGGGUUCUCCACCGAUUCCACCGACCAUCGGUGGGCGCCUCUUAAUUUCGCGUAAAAAUAAACAUCGCGCCAAGCAAACAAACUGUGCCGAGCAGCGUACAAAAAAAAAAUCAAAUAAGAAUUGAAAUUUAGGCCAAAGCGGAUUACCAGACAGCCGACAGUGGAAAAGCGGAAAAUAAAGCAAGCCCAAAGCCCAAGUACAAGCCGGUAGCAGGAGGUUCUCCUCCCAAGGCAAGGGAAAAGUGUGCGAAAAACGGGCAAAAAAUCACCCAAAAAAAUAAUAAAGAGAGAAACAACAAUAAGUGUGCGUGGAGAAAGUGAAAAGUGAAUUGCGGAAAAGCGUCAAAGACAGAUAAACAUUGUGUGAGUGCGUGAGAGGAGUGAGUGGGCGGGCAGGGCAGUAAAUCAUAUGGAAAUUUGAGCCCGUCAUGCGGACUCAUUAACGCUUUGCAGUGGGAGAGCCGAACCACAGAUUCAGCUUCAGCUUCAGCUACAGCACCACUCGAGUUGCGUGUGGGUCAUCAAUUAAUCCACUGGCAGCAGCAACAAAACCACAGCUACAGCUACAGCAACAAAAAUUAAAACGGCCAACGGACCAGCCUAAAGUCCCGCCUAAAAAGAAGCGCCCAUAAAAGCGCAAAUAAACAUGUAAAAGCACAUUAAGAAUCGGUGUGGGACAUUCGCUCGAUUUAAGCAACUUUAACUGCCACGAACGCAACUCCGACUGAUCUAAGUCGACGGACGACGGUCGACAGAGCCACAAACAGACAUGCACACGUGAAUGGCAGUCGAAAUGUUAUUUUUAUGGUCCAACUCAGAGCCAAAGAGUACAUUGGCGCUUCAUUAAAGGCAACGUCGGAAGCGGAAAUCGCAUUCAGAGCAGCCAUAACAACGCAGGACCUGUGUUUAUUGGCGCCACGUCAUCGCAGAAACUGACACAGAUACAAACACAACGAACACGUGUAGACCAAGAACAACAAUUGCAGUCAAUUUGGGUGCUGUUGCUGGUGCUGCGGCAAUAUACGCCACUCCUACACUCUUUUGCACUCGUUUUGUUUCUUUGACACUUUGGUCAAAUUGAAGUUUGUUAUAUAAAUGACGAGACGUUUUCGCGUUUGGCACAACGCACCGCAAGCUAAACAAAAUGACAGCCAUGCAGUUUUUAUUAGCAACAGCGACAACUGCUGGGACAGCCAGAAUACCAGAAACCAGAGCAACACCAUCAUCAAUGGAAACUACUUCAACAUAUUGCCAGCCGAAAGAACAACCACACAAUUCGCAUCGAAAAACACGAACGAGAUGCACGUCCAUGUCGAGGUCGUCCAUGCUGUGGAUGCGGACGAGGAUGUUGUGGAUGCGAAUGCGAAUGCGAAUGCGAAAUCAAAUGUCGUUGGCGGACAAUGGCAGAACGAUUUGGGUUGUCGGCUGGAUGUUGACACUGUUGAUUUGCCUGCAGCUGAACACGGCGCUGGCGGACGAGGAGUCGCAGGAUUUUCAAAAGAACAUACCCGCCCGAUUGGUCUGGGCCGCUCUGGGCAAGACUGUGGAGCUGCCCUGCGACCUGACACCACCCACGCCCCAGGACUCGGUGAAGCUGCUGCUUUGGUUCAAGGACACCACCGGCAUACCAUUGUACAGCCUGGACUCGCGUGGCGGAAAUGUGAAAUUGGCUCCGCAUGCGGCCAUAGCUAGCGAUCUGGGGCAGCGUCUCUUCUUCAGCAUCGGCGAUAAUCCCAAGGAUUCCCGCCUGCAGAUAAACGACGUUAAGCCCGAGGAUGGUGGCGUCUACCGCUGCCGCAUUGAUUUCUUCAACUCGCCAACGCGCAACUUCAGGCACAACCUGACCCUAGUGGUGCCGCCCGAGGAGCCGCGCAUCUUCGAUGCUCAGGGCAAGGAGAUAACACAGCUGGCGGGGCCUUUCCGCGAGGGCUACGAGCUCUUUCUUUGCUGCCAAGUGAGGGGAGGUCGUCCUCCGCCCAAGGUUACCUGGUGGCGCGACGACACCGAGCUAAUCGGCACCAGCCACACCUCCGUGGAGGAGGGUGCCACCGUGAUGGUUAAUCAGCUGCUGAUUGGCACCACCACCCGCGACUUUUACGGCGCACGCAUCGAGUGUCGUGCCCAAGGCACACGACUGGUGGAUCCCGUCCGCAAGGAUGUCACCGCGCAGGUUCACUUAAAACCCGUUCGCGUGAAGAUUGUCACACCCAAUGAUCUGCUCACUGCCGGCCAUCCUAUGCCCAUUCGCUGCGAAUCCUGGGGCUCGUAUCCGGCGGCCAAGAUUGCCUGGCUGCUGGACGGCGAGCCCAUACGAAAUGCCGAGGUUACGGUGCACAGCGACAAGGAGGAUGGCAACAUCACGACUAGCAUUCUGACACUGAAGGUAACGUCGGAGAAUGACAACGCCGAGCUGACGUGUCGCGCCACGAAUCCUUGGUUCUCCGGUGGCGCCAUCGAGGAUAAGCGUAUCAUACGUGUGGCAUAUCCACCCACUGUGUCGGUGCACUUGGCCAACGAGGAUCCCAGUCGAGUGGUGACGCGCGCCGAGGGCCAGAAUGUCACGUUCAAAUGCCGUGCGGAUGCCAGGCCUCCGGUUACCAGCUACUCGUGGUUCAAGAAUGGCAUGCGUAUGUCGGGCGAGAGCACGGACAUAAUGCACUUGACGCAGCUGGAGCGGGAGAGUGCGGGUGCAUAUGCGUGUGGGGCCACCAACACGGAGGGCGAGACGCGCAGCUCCAGCCUGACGCUGAGAUUGCAGUUCUCUCCACGCUGUAAGCCUGGCACUGAGCAAACAUCCAUUGGAGCCAUCAACAUGCACUCGAUACAGGUCAAAUGCGAGGUGGAUGCCGAUCCACCGGACUCGGUUCGAUUCAGCUGGACAUACAACAACACCCGCAACGUGUCCCCGGUGCUCAACUCGAGGAUACAAUCGAAUGGACUGGCCAGCACGGUGACGUAUCUGCCGCAAACCGACUCCGAGUUAAUAACGCUUGCCUGCUGGGCCAGCAAUGCGGUGGGACGCCAGACUACGCCCUGUCUGGUGCACAUUCUCCCUGCAAAUACUCCGGAGGCACCAAAGGCCUGCGAAUUGCGCAACGACACCAUUCUGGAGGUGGUCUGUGUGGCUGGCAGCGACGGCGGACUCUCGCAAUACUUCAUGCUCGAAGUUGUGGGCGGAGAUCUGCUGUACUCGAGCGACUCGGGUGCGACGGGCCCCAGCCAGGGACGUGGACAGUUUGGCGAGGCCAUUGGCCUGGGCGACAAUGAGAUAUCCACGCUGAACGAUCAGGCGACAUCUGCACCCAUCUUUCGCAUGCAGGAGAACAGUCCACAGUUUCGUUUGAAUAAUUUAGAGCCGGGACGUGAAUAUCAAUUUUUAGUUUACGCCGUCAACGCCAAAGGACGAAGCGAACCGCCGGUGGUGAUUGAGCGCGUACGCGUGGCCGCACAGCUGGGACCAUAUGAUGAAUCGAGCGACCCCAGGGAGGACCCGACGCCCGCAGAAACAACGCAUCAUGGCGGUACCGGGCCGGGGGGCAGCAGCAGCGCUGGAGGUGUGGGCACCGGAGCCAGCAUAGGCAACGGGCCGGAGAAGCAAUCCACGCUCCUGAUACUCGCCGCCACCGUUGUGAUAGGCGCCGUCAUUGUGACGUCAAUUAUCGUGGCCGGCAUCGUCGUCGUCUGCCGGCACAGGCCGCGGCCACCUGAGCCGCAGGAGGUGCGCAAGAGCAUGCGGCCGGCGCGGAACGAUGUGCCCAGCAUGUACAUCGAGGAGGACGAGCUGAAUGAGCUGGAGGAGGGCGGCGGUCGAGCGGCUGAGAUACGAGCGCGCGUUACACCCGUUAACUCGCAUCUGUGCGGAGGGGGUGGCGGCGGUGGAGGCAUACCAGGCGUCGGCUCGAGUGGCGGUGCCAUUGUGGGCGUGGCCGGACCACAUCACUACAUCUCGGAGAGCUUCAUUCAGUACGCGCAGCCCAGUCUAAACGGCGAUGUGCUCCUACCUUUGCUUGUAACGUCCAGCCAGCCGGGCAACAGCGGCUACCGCCUGGCCUCGCCCGUCUCCGCCACCAUCUCGAACGUGGUUGUGGCCGUGCCACAGCUUCAGCCAGUUGCCACAGCAGCUAAUGCUGCUGCUGGUGGGAGUGACUCUGCCUGGCCGCCCAAAUGUAUGCAAAGUAAAUUUUAUGUAACUAAAUCUGUGCAGCAGGCUGAAAGGCAACAGCCGCCCCCACUCAAACAGAAACUUGCCCAGAAAGUGAAACAGAAACAGAAACAGAACCAGACCCAGACCCAGGAACAGGAACAAAAACAGAACCAGAACCAGAACCAGAAACAAGUGCAGUUGCAGCUGCAACUUCAGGCCAGAACACAGAUGGGCUGCCAUGUCUAAGCCAUGCUGCUGUCCGCUGUCUGGUGUCUGCUGUCCGCUUGGAGCAUUGGCUGUCGACAAGAGAGCUGCGGAGUUGAAUCCCAAAAAUAUAUUUAAUGAACCAUUCCAGCAAAACCAAUGGCAUGGCAUAUUUGCUUCAUUUCACAUUUUAAUUUGUCGUCCAUUUAGGAUCCCAAUUUAUAUUUCUUGUUGCAAAUGCUGCUGCUGCUGCUGCUGCUACGAGUAGCUGCUGAUGCAACAUUCAUGCAUUCACAUGUCGCCCAUCCAAUUUCCUUUAUUACCUUUGUGCACCCGAAACUAUUUUUGCUAGAUUUCUUCACAUGGUUUAUCUGCAAUGCAAAUGAAACAAAAAUUGCAAGAGAAUUUCCUUUUAUUUGCUGAAUUUGCCAUGAUUACGGAUGGAGCGAGCGCCCUUUUGAAAGCCCUGCAAACCAGAAAAUUAGUCAGAUCAAGGGAUCACGGAUAUUACAUAAAAGCUAAUUGAAGUUUAUGAGUUUUUUGACAGCCAUUUUGUUUGGCCACAAAAUUAGAGGCCAGGGAACAGGCGCACACACACACAGACAGCAACGACAAUACGAACACCAGAGAAUGCAGCAGCAGCAGCAGCAGCAGUCAAAUAUUUUGUUUAAAAAGGGAUAAAUGCUGCAGAUCCCAGCUCUAAAACUGGGGGCAAGACAGUGAUGACAGUGAUGGGCCAUGGGGGCAGAGGGACUGGGAGUGCGGACUGUUUGCGCAGUCUUUGUUUUUCGUUGACAUUUGUGUUUAUUUCUCUCUAUGCUGUCUGCCCCAAUCCUCUCACUGCUCACACCCCCAUGCUUCCCCAUCCUGCUGCAGUGGCAAGCCUUUUAGACGUUUUGCAUAAAUUUUUGAAGCGCAGGACACGCCAGUGCAAACAAACAUAUGUACACGAUUCUCUCUGUCUCUCCCUCACUCUCUUUGUGUGUGUGAUUGUGCCUCAGACAGCAACAAAUUUAGCAAAAUAUUCUGACAUUCCUCGGCCCCUGUGCCCGCUCUGCCGUUCUGUUUGCUGUGCGAGCUCAUGCAGACUUUGUUUUAACUUUGAAUUGCAUAAAUUUUAAUUAUUUCGAAAGCACUAAAUUAAAACACAAAAAUAAGCACACCCAUACGCACUGGCACACUCUGACUCUCGCAAAUAGGGAGUCCGGGAGAGGCAUGCCGACAUGAUGGCAAAUGCAAAUAUUAUUUAAUGGGCAUAUGUGUCGUAUACGUGAUAUUAUUGCUAACACAACAUGGGGCCCGCACCUCGCUUUCGCCCCGGCCUCAGCACUGGCCUGCGUGGGGCUCAAAUGUCACAAAUUAGCUAAAUUUGAUUUUGUCAGCGAUUUAAUUUUAUAUUUUCAUUACUUUUUCCCCGCCUUCGUUUUGUUUUCUUGUUUCUUCCGCUGCCGCUGCCGCUUCCGCCCGCCUGUCAGCCGCCUUAAUUUAUGUGUGUGCUUUGGUGGGUGGGGGGUGCUCUGACACGACCCGACACACACACACACACACACACACAUACAUUUGGCUGUCAGGCGGGUGUAGCAGGGUGUGUGCAUAUGUGUAGUGUCCUCGUGUCCUCCCGUCAGCACAUAAACCAAGUCAACUGGCUUACAAGACACUAACAAGUGCCCCAAGUCAGAGCUGAAGUGCGCCCAAGGAGCGCUCUGUCCAGACACGCUGUACGAGUGGCUGUUACACCAAAGACGCAAAACUAAAGGGAACACAGUUUAGGGGCAGGCACUCCUCGAUGGGGGAUUACACUUACAGAGCGCCCCACAAAAGCAGCCCCAAAAAUGUCGCCUGUCAACGUCGCCUGUCUCUUGAAGCUCAAAUAAGAACUUGAAGUUGCAAUUCUGCAUUCCCCCACACGGACAGCUCUUCAAGUGUUAUGCUAUAUUUAAAUGUGUUUUUUAUAUUUCAAAUGCAGCUUUACUUUGCUGCAAAGUGAAAUUGAAAUAAAGAACGCACACAUGCCGCACUUUCAGCCCUGUAACUCGGGGGCAGACAAGUGAGCUACUGCGAACGACUGCGCCAUAUACUGCCAUCUUGGCAGUGGCUGUCAUUAGCCAACAUUUUUAAUUGCAUAUGCUAGUCCCUCGUGCCCUCGCAUCUCUCUGCCGCUUGUUCGCGUUUCAGGUGACUGCUGGGAGCUCGAGCCCGAGCCGUAGCCCGGCCCCUUGGCGCAGUCAAAUUCGUUUGACUCUGUAUGCCCCACAGUCAUUGCUGCCACCCUCUGUUCUGUGCAUGUGUGGGGGUGAGGGAGACAUUUUUUGUUUCGUCGUUUGCUGCUUUUUUCUGCGUUUUUGUGUGUGUGUGUGUGCACAUUUGUUUCAUUUCAUGCUGCUCCAUUCAGUUUGCUCGGCAUCUCUCUCUUUUUUUGUGUUGGUGUUGUUUGUCUUGCCGUUUGUGUGUGCGAGUCAAGAGUCGCGACGUCGACAUGCAGCGUCUGAGCAACAUUUGUGUGGCCUUCGUCCUUGUGCCAUCUUCAUCGUGUGUGUGUGCUCGCGUAUUUGUGUAGUAAGUUAUGUGAGUGGGUUGUAGGUUGUAGGUUUCUUGUGCACUUCAGCGCCACUCGUCUAAUUAGACAAAGUUAAGACCCAGCCACACACACACACACACACACACAGGCAGGCACACAGCAGCCACUCGAAAUGAGCACACGGUGCCAUUUUGUGUGGCCCAACGAGUGCCUAGCAUUAUCUUAAAGACUCCUUAAAGCAUUCAUACCAUCCCUACACACGCUUUAUACUCGCACUUUGAUGUCGUCGUCGUCGUCGUCGUCGUCGUCGUCGUCGUAGUCCCGCAAAAAAUGCCACAGAAUUUGCUUGGGCAACAUUGUUUAUGUGGCCUACGCACCAUUCCCACCCACAUUCUAUGCCACUCCUGCUGGAGCCGCAAUGUCAAGCGGCGUUCAUUCAUUUGUCGCCGCACUUCCGCUUCCGCUCUUCGCACCAUCUUCGCAGAGAGUUUCUACAAAUACCCUGCCAGAAGGUAGCAUGCUGUGGUCUAGCAACGCCUAACCCUCUGGGGUAUUGCUUUGCCAGAAGAUGUCUAUGUAUGGGUUGACCACAUAUGUAGCUGCCAUAGAAACGCUCCAUCCGCAAGGGUAUUAAAUGCUACUGUUCUUUGGCCUUUUUUGUGUGCUUCCCACUAUGUUGGAUGAGGCCGUGACAUCCAGGCUGGCAACAUUUUUGCGACUUUUGACAUUUUUUAAUGCUGUCAGGCAUGGCGUGAAAGUAAACGUGAAGGGCCCACAGCCCACAGGGGCCACAUACUCUUACGCAGCAUAGCAGAGAUGAGAGCUGCUGCUGCCUUAGUUUGUGCGUGUUUAUGACUCAAAGACGCCACACAAAUGUGACAUAAAAAGCGAUAAUAAUAAAAUAUCACACAGGGUGCGCUCUCUGUCGCUCUCUCGCCAAAUAAGAAACUGCAAAAUCGUAAAGGACAAGCGGCAAAUGAAGGCUGCUGCUGAAUGGCUCUCUAGAUUCACUUGUGCCGCGCAGUCGGACCACAAUAAAAUGUAUUCCGGCAUAAAUUCCAAUGAAAUGUGCCAAUAAAAAUUAAGAAAUUGUUGAAUUAUUUUCUGUUUACGAGCGUGGACAGGGAGGUACAGGGGGGGGUAGGGCUGCGUCCUAGUAAAGUGAAUAUUAAUAUUGAAAUGUUAUUGUGUUGUUCCGGUUUCUGGUGCUCGUAUUUGUUUGUGUGUGUCGUUCGUUCAAUGUUUUUCCUGUGUUUUUAUUAGUUGUUAUUCUCGUUUUGUGUUUUUUUUCUUAUCAGCGCACAAAUGGUCGUCUGGUCACGCUUUUGAUAUGUAAUCGUAUUGUGCUAAUGGCUCUCUUUUUCUUUUGCUGCUCAAAUAAUAAUUUGCAACUGUUGUGAUGUCAUUUUUGCAAGAAAUAUCAACAAAAUCCAAAAUCCAAAAACGAAAAACGAAAACGAAACAAGCCAAAAACUAAUCGGUAUAAAUAUUUUGCUUUUGUUUCUCUAACACACACACACACACACACACGCACACCACACACACCCACACACUCAUAAACACUCACUCUACCAUUUUUCAAUCGCAUAAAUUUACACACACAAAAACACACACAUACACACACAUUCUUACAUAUGCUUCCGGCAUUUGCUGUUGAUUUUGUUUUAUAUACCAACCUACAAAAGUGUAUAUUGCAGACCCGGAUCUGAUAUUGCCGCGCGGCGAAUUGGAAUUUACGACCCUGGAUCCCACGCUGAAGUAAUUGUAAAAAGUAAUAAUAAAUAUCCGCCAUAGUGAACAACAACAAACAGCCACAAUAGACACAUUACACACACACACGCACACACACCAACACACCAACACACACACACACAAAGAUACAGCCGAUCCGCGGUGAGAGCUCAUAAUUCACGGGCAUUUCAUUAAACAUAGCUGUAAAUUUUUAGCAUAAAUUUAAAUGCAUUAACGCAGGAAGAAAACAAAAAGAAGAGAGAAGUUAAAACGUACCACGUACUGGUGGCACACACACAUAGUUAUAGGUUUAAGCCAUUUUGUAAUUGUCAGCCAUAUUUAAGUGUCAUACGAAACCCAAAAUCAAAAGAUAAAACCCUGAAAUCGAAUUACUGCUGCUCUAUAAAUAGGCUAAAAACCAUUUGCAAACUAAAAUCAAAAGAUACCUUAACAAACUUGUAAAUAAAACAUCCAACAACUGGAGGGGAUUCAAAUGGAAAUGGAAACUGUUGCACCAUCAUCAAAUUGUACAUACAGAUAUAUAGAGAGAGAACGGGCAAACAUUAAUCAAACUGCAUUUAUAUGUUGAAUAUUAAUUGUAAUUAAUGAACAACUAGUCGAUAAGCAAUUAGCCAAAUAAGCCUUGUGUAUUUAAAGUGUAAUUAAGACUCCUAGAGCUGGAAUUAUUGGUAAUAAUCAAAUGUAAAUGCCAGAUAGACAGUGAGCGUGUGUUUGUCGGCCGUUCAAUAACGAUAUAGAAAUCCAUUAGUCGUUAACGCCACAUCUUGUUACUGGCCAGCAAAAAUUAAAAUGUUACCAAUAUAAAAAUAUAUAUUUCGGGCCCUCAGGGUCCAAGCCAUUCCGCACAGCUCUGGCUCAUCUGUGGGAGUGCCGUAGGGGCCAGUUCCUGUUGCUAUUUAUACCAACAAUUCAUGAAUAUUCUAUUACCACAACAAGCCGAAUCGAAACGAAGAUGAAUAAUCAAGAGAGCAACCAGCAGAGCACACACAAGCGGAGAGAACAAACCCUAAGUGGGCGAUGUUCAAGUGCUGUUCGAGUAAUGAAUAAAAUGUUGAGUAAACAGUCGCAAAAAACAUGCCAGUUACGAGAGCAUCGAACCACUAAGAGGGAACUACAACUACAGCUAUAAAACUGAACUCAUUGUAAAUGUUAUAAAUAACUAAGGUAACCGAGCGAAGAGGAGAAAGGAAGAGAAGGGCAAAGCAGAGCGUAGAUAAUACUCGUUAUAAAACUAAUAAUAAUAAUUGUAAUAAUAAUACGGCAUACCAGUUUACACAAUACUCCAAUGUAAUUCGAAUUCUAAUUUCCAAUAUACAACAA